UCCGGCGUCCUCCUCGUGGCGGUAGUUUUGGCUGCUGUGAGCUCUACGUGCUGGGUCACGGACUCCUGAGGUCGGGUGGAGACUGAGGGGGCCGAGAAGGCGCGAGGGGAGGCGCUGACCCCGCCGCGCAGACUGGCGUCCGCGACUCCUCAACGCCGCCCGGGCUGCCCCGCGCCGGGGCCGGGACGGGGACCGCUGGCCCGGGUGUCCGCUCCGCCCAGAGUCAGAUGGCGGCGACCGCGCGCAGGGACCCGGCUCAGAGUUGUGUGACUUUCGAGGACGUGGCCGUGUACUUCUCCCAGGAGGAGUGGGGGCUCCUUGAUGAGGCUCAGAGGUUCCUGUACCACGACGUGAUGCUGGAGACCUUUGCACUUACAACAUCCCUGGAUUGUUGGUGUGGAGCAGAGAAUUUUGAAGUACCUUCUGAGCAGAGUGUUUCUGUAGAAAGAGUGUCACAGGUCAGGACUUCUAAGACAGGUUCAUCAAUCCAGAAGACUCAUCUCUGUGAGAAUUGCGUCCCAGUCUUGAAAGACAAUUUGCAACCUUCUGAGCUCCGAGCGGCAUAUUCUGGGCAGACAUCAUACUUGGGUGGGGUGACCAGAGGCUUCUGGUUUGGUGCAAACCUUCACCAGUAUCAAAAGCAUGAGAGUGGAGAGAAAAUGUUCAAAAUGGACAUGGACAGUGCCUUGUUAGUGACGAGCUGCAGAUUCCACGUGUCAGCGAGGCCCUUUGCCAGUGGGGAACGUGGAAAGGACUUUCUAGCUCCCUCAGGCCUUCUCCAGCACCUGGAUAUGCCCAAUAGCGAGAAGCCCCAGAGCAGCAUUGAGUGUGGGGAGCCCUUUACCAGCGGAAUAAGUCACAAGUGGAUCAAAUGCAGGAGAGCUUUCAGCAACACUCACACUCUUGACCACCAGAGAUUCCACGAUGGAGAAGGUCUUGACGAAUGUAGCAAAUGUGGAAAAGACGUCAGCUCAGCGUGUGAGACUUCCAACUCCUUCACACCCUUGUCAGUGCCUGAUUAUUUUUGUGGGAUAGACAAUGAAGAGGCCCCUUCUGGACAGAAUGUUUCUCUGGGAAGAACACCACCAAGCAGGACUUCGGGGCCAAAUCUAUCCACCCAGAAGCUUCACCUCUGUGAGAUGUGUGUUCUUGUCAUGAAGGAUAUUUUGUACCUGGCUGAGCUUCAGGGAACACAUACCAGGCAGAAAUCCUACACAUGUGUGGCAUGUGGGAAAUCAUUCUGUUUCAGUGCAGAUCUUCGCCAACACCAGAAUGAGCACGGUGGGAAAAAGCCCUAUAGCAAGGACAUGGACAGGGCUUCCUUUGCGAAGACCUAUAGAGUCCAUUCAUUAGGGAAGCCUUUCACCUGUGGGGAGGUUGAAAAGGACUUCCUGGCCAGUGUGGACAGUGCUGUGAGUAUACACAGCAGUACUAAGUGUGAGGAAGUCUUUCGCACUGGAAAAAGUUCUUACAGAUGUGGCGAAUGUGGAAAAGCCUUCUGUCGUAAACAUACCCUUGUUCGGCAUCAGGGAAUUCACACUGGAGAAGGACUGUUUAAGUGCAGUGACUGUGGGAAAACCUUCAGCUACAAGCAUACAUUUGUUCAGCAUAAGACAGUCCACGCUGGAGUAAAGCCUUUUGAGUGCAGUGAAUGUGGAAAGGCCUUCGGGUUCAAGUAUAAACUUGUUCAGCACCACCGUACUCACACUGGAGAAAGGCCUUAUGUGUGUAGUGAAUGUGGGAAAGCUUUUGGGUGCAAAUCCAAACUUGUUCGGCACGAGAGAAUUCACACCGGAGCAAGGCCUUAUGAGUGUGCUGAAUGUGGCAAAUAU